UCGUUGGAGUACAAAAUUAUUCAGGUUUACCGAUCUUGACGACGCCCGUCUCUCGUCUCUUCCAAGCUUCCUCCCCGAUCUCCAUCGCGGCCUCUCUCCUAUCUAUCCCAUCUUAUCGCGAACCCAAGACCUAGGUUUCCAUCUCCUCUCUCCUAUCUAUCCCAUCAGAUCUGGAAGCCAAGACCUAGAGUUCCAUCUCCUCCAAGCUUACGGGUUCUCCGAUCGCUCUAAGAUUUUACGUUACAGCUUGUCUAGCAGUAGCCUGACCAGGACAAUCAGCUUAUCUGCUUAGCUGUUUGUAUCAGAAGUUAAAAUAUAUUUAAUUUUCCUUGCAGCUGUCUUUUGAAAAUGGCUAUGUAUAUUCGUGUAAAGCGCAACAAGACAACCUACUUUGUGCAGUGUGAUCCAACUGAGACAACUUUAGACAUUAAGCAGAAAUUGCAAACUUUGAUUGAUCAACCAAGCAAUAAUCAGCGUUUAACCUUGGCAUCAACUAAUGAUGUCUUAGAUGAUUCAAAGACAUUAGCUGAACAGAAGGUCGAGAAUGAUGCUGUUGUGGCAUUGACUCUCAGAAAAGAUGACAAUGAGUUUGAGGAAGUGUACAUUGCACAACCAGAAGUCUUGAAGUCAUUCUCUUGAUGCAGAGAAUGGCAGGGAACCAUUUGCUUGAAACUUCUCAUAUCUGUAAUCUCUUAAUGUGACAAAUCCUGUGCACUAGAAACGGAGAUCCGUUUUCACCUACAUGUAGUUUUCAAUUGUGCUCUUCUGUGGAUCUACUAUUAUAUACUUGAGUCCUGAUAGUGUUUGCUACAAAGUGAAGCAUAGCAAAGUUCACCUCAGGAGCUGUGUUCUUCCAUGUUUUGCUGCCAUAGUAUAUCAAUCUAUUAUUAAGAAAUCAUAUUGCCCUUUUGUGAUAA